CGGGGGUCGGCAACCUGCGGCUCCCGAGCCAUUUGUGGCUCUUUCACCUCUGUGCUGCGGCUCCCUGUGGCUUUGGGAAAUAAUUGGUCAGUAUUUAAUUAAAAUGUAUUUUAUGUUAGUUUGUUAGCUUUUGAAAUGUAAUUCUAAAUUUGAAGAUUAUGGUGAUCUUGUACAAUCUAAGUGUGGCGACACAUUUCCUGCCACAUCCGAAACGGCUCACAAUUAGCCAGCAUUCCGGCUAAGGGAGAUAGCCUACGGGGGUUUGUGAGUACGCGUCUUUUGCAGCAUCUGCGUCCAUGGGGGCUGGGUUGAGGGAGGCUUAAAAGCAAGGCUGUUUAGUUCGAAUAAAGCUAUCUUUGACUGCAGUUUACUGACACCGCUACAACGUGUUUUUAUCGCUGGCUGUCCAGACGGAAGGUGCUGAAACGCUUUGUCGCGUGUCUGGAAGAAGUGAAAACUUUCCUGGGCAGCAAAGGGCUCACCUUUCCUGAGCUGGAACAGCCAGAGUGGCUGGAAAAGCUACACUUCAUGGUAGACAUGACAGAGCACCUGAACACGCUGAACACAGCUCUUCAGGGGAAAGGACGCACAGCCCUGCACAUGUUGGAGGAUGUCUUGGCAUUCGAGCGCAAGUUGACAGUGCUUGCCAGAGAUUUACAGAAAGGCACUUUGUCUCACUUCCCCAAUUUGAGAGAGUUCAAACAAGGUCACGACAUGAUAAUUUCGGAGUAUUUACAUUCUGCAAUCAUCGCAAUGCAAACAUCGUUUGGGAAACGCUUCUGUGAGUUCAGAGAGGAAAAAAACACAUUAUCCUUCCCGGUCACUCCCUUAAGCAUCGAUCCUUCCCUACUGAAUACGACUGCAUUGGCAGGUGUGAGUCAACCUGAUCUUGAGAUGGAACUGGCCGACAUAGCCGACAAAGACAUAUGGGUGUCCAAGUUUAGACGCUUGACAGCAGACCUUGAAGAUGUUGCCCGUCAGAAGGCCGUUCUUGCUCAGAAUCACAAAUGGAGUGAUAUUGAAAACCUUCCAAAACCGGACAAACUUGUGUUCGAAACAUGGAAUGCUAUGCCCGACAUUUAUGUAAACAUGAAAAAGUAUGCGCUUGGAGUCCUGUCGAUCUUUGGAUCCACAUAUGUAUGUGAGCAGGUGUUCUCCAACAUGAACUUUAUUAAAAACAAACAUUGCGCACGCCUCACAGAUGACAGCUUGCGAUCCUGUGUAAAGAUGAAGGUGACGUCAUACAGCCCUGAUGUGCAGACGCUGUGCGCUGAGGUCCAGGAGCAGAAAUCCCAUUAACCAAGUUGACAGCUGGC